AUGCCCGCACUAGACUCUUCCGCACUUCUUGUAGCCCGCUUCUUGCAAUCGAACGGCUAUGAAAAGUCCCUCAAGGUCUUCCUGGAAGAAUCUAACCUGGACGAGAAUUCAUUAGAUCCCGGUCCAGCCGGUGGUCUAACCAUAGAGAAAGUGCUUGAUGAGAAGCGCCAAUUUGACUUGUCGCUCAGCCUAGAGAACGUGGUAAUCGCCGACAAUGACGAGCCAGAAUUCUCCAUUCCCUACCCCUCUAUUCCCCACGUAGUAUCAGAUCCAGGCAUACUAGCUUCGAAUGUCCUCUUCAUAGUAGUAGUGGAUAUCAGAGCCCUCGGCGGGCCCACCUUAAUUGUUACCACGGCGGACCGGGCCCUCCGAAUCUACUCAGCGACAGUACCCCACUGCUUACUAAGAUCCUACACUCAUCUACACUCAUCGGCAAUCCUCUGCUGUACUGCUAUACACUCUAAAUGGCUCAUCUCUACUUCAAUGAGCGGGCAUGUGGUGAUAUCCGACGCCGCAAGUGGAGAUGUCAUCUCCAGUGAUAAGCCACACGCCAAAUACGCUGUGAAGAUCCUUGUUCACGAAAAGCUCCCUUACGCUGCGACCAGCGGAUACGACAAUACCAUUGUGCUGCAUUCUCUAACCUGUGGGGACGAUGGGACACCAAAGCUAUUGGAACUCCACAGACUCCGAUUUGCAGCUCAUCCAGAGGGAAUAUCUUUCGUUGCCCUCCCAACCGGCGAAGAAGCCCUCGUCUACUCCCUUCGGGAUAGUACCUUUCUAAUCUACCAUCUCCUAGCUCCUUCGCUUCCGGUGCAUUCGAAGAGAAACCUAUCUCCCACAACAACAUCAUGGGUAACCUUCCAUGCAAUGUUCAUCCUCCCGCAUCCCAAUGACAGCUCCCUCUUGGGGAUAGUUACGUCGUCGGUACCUCACAUGAAGUUUCUACUCGUACGAGUCGACAGCGAGGAAGUGAUCAUGGAGGUAUUUACCGGUGCGCCGCAAAGCGUGUACAGCACGGCCGUGUUCGGCUGGCGAGCGGGUGGGGACGGAGUGUGGGUCAAUGGCGACGACGGAGUAGUGAGGGGGAUCGAGCGGAAGACUGGGAAGGUGAUGGCGAGAUUAAGGGCGUCGGAAGGCAGCGAGAAAGUUAGAUCGCUCUGGACUGGGGUCGUCGGCGGGCAGGAGGUUCUGGUCACUGGCGGGUUCGAUAAGGGGAUAAAGGUUUGGGUUCCAGAAGGGGUAGCGGCAUAGACACACUUCAGGCCCUUGCCAUCAUCAUAUUAUUAUCAUAGCUACAAUGUAAUCGCUUGAAAAUCAGGUAUUAAUUAGCGAAAUCACACAACU